UAGAAGAAGAAGUGCAACGAUAAACCUCGCGAGCUGCCGUAGUUCCUGAAACUUUUUUUUGUAACGGAAGUAUGUGUUUUUCAAUCUCUCCCUGCUCUAAGCUUUAGCGAAGACACGAUGGCGCUAAGAGCUGCAUUGAGACACAAGUGCGGCUUAUCUGCUGUUCUCACCCAGCUGGCUGUUGGCACCAGUCAUGGCAGAGUGUCCAUGCCUCUUCUGCUCAGUCAACAGAGAAACCGCUCCACCGCUUCUAGGGUCAGUGUUCACUUUGAUCAAAGCACAGGUGUGGCUGUGAUGUAUAUGCAGAGUCCUCCAGUCAACAGCCUCAGCUUAGAUUUCCUUACAGAGUUCUGCAUUAGUGUGGAAAAGCUGGAGAUGGAUAAGGGCUGCCGUGGCCUCAUCAUCACCUCGAACCAGCCCAAGGUCUUCUCUGCAGGACUGGAUAUUAUGGAGAUGUAUGGGAAGACUCCAGAGCGCUGUGGAGAGUUCUGGAAAGCUGUUCAAGAGAUGUGGCUGAAACUCUAUGGCUCCAACAUGGUCAUCAUAUCUGCUAUUAAUGGUUCCAGUCCUGCAGGUGGCUGUUUGAUGGCUUUGACAAGUGACUAUAGAAUAAUGGCGGACAACCCACGUUACAACAUUGGCCUGAAUGAAACGCAGCUCGGCAUUGUGGCUCCUUUUUGGUUUAAGGACACCAUGGUGAACACAGUGGGCCACAGGUCUGCAGAGCUGUCCCUGGAGCUGGGUUUGCUCUACAGCCCUUCAGAAGCCCUGAAGAUCGGAUUGGUGGACCAGUUGGUUCCUGAAGACCAGGUUCUCACCACAGCUUUGCAGAUCAUGACAAAGUGGUUGGCUAUUCCAGACCAUGCCAGACAGAUCACAAAGUCCACAAUGAGGAAGCCGACCAUUGACAAGCUAAUGUCCAGCAGAGAGGCUGAUGUCCAGAACUUUGUGAGCUUCAUCACCAGAGACUCCAUUCAGAAGUCCCUCCGCAUGUAUUUGGAGAUGCUUAAGAAGAGAAAGGCCUAGAGCAGAGAACAGAGGAAGCUCUGAGGCACACAACAACCGUGUUAACACAACCUGCUGGAUUUAGUGUUCUAGUGCCAGUCUCCUACGCUGACACCACUGGGAUUUAAUAUGUCUGUCUAUAAAGUUAACUAAUAAUUAAACAGACUGUGUUAAUAUUUCUUUUUGUCUUUUGCUACCGGCAUGUGGGGAAAUCCAAAGUGUAUCUUCACAAACAUAACAGCUAAUGAAAAUGUAUUUGAAUAGCCCACAGUAGAUUAUGCCUUUUUCAGCCUACAUUGAUGAAUAAACAGAUGAUUCAUUGA